AUGGAAAUGCAGUUUUGAUGUGUCUUCUGCUUUGCCCUUCAUACAAAAUAAAUCUGGAAGAACAACACUGGAUAAAGAAGUAUAAUGCUGUUGCUGAAGUUUUCAAAUUCAAGAAGAUUGAGAUGGCAUCCAAUCUUAACAUCUUACAGGAGUACAAUCCAAUAUUGAAACAGGAUAGUGUGAAUGUUGAAUUUUCCCAUGAAUUUUUUAGGGACCUUAGCUUUCUUAGAUUUGCAAACGAUCAAAAAUUUGUGAAUAUGUUUCUGGAUUGGGCGGAAAAAGAAAACAUUGCAAAGUACUGCAGAUCAUCAAAUUAUCUGAGAAAAGAGACUGAGGAAGAAGUUUGCUGUUGGUUAUUGCCAAAUCAAACAGAACAACUGAUAGAAAGACUUGGAGAAGACAUGUUCACACAUGCAACGAUGAAUGACCAAUCAAUACAUGAAUUAGUGUAUACCAAGCUUGGCAUACCAGUACAGGUUAUAAUGAGGGGCGAUGAGUCAGUGAGGAAUUUCUUGGACAAUCUGAAGAAAGGGGAGACGACCAUGUACCAUGCCUCUGGGAUGAUCAUUGGGUGUGCAGGUAGUGGAAAGUCAACCUUACUAGAAAGACUGAAGGGCACCGACCUGAAAGAAAUUCUGAAGAAUUCAACAUCGACCAGGGGCAUUGACGUACAGUCUGACAUUUUUGAUGUAACAGACACCACAGUCCGAGUAAACACCUCAAACCAAAGACAACGCUUUCAAAUUAAAAUUGAUGAAUCAGGCGAACAAAAGACUAUUUCAAAUCAGCCUGCAAAAUUAUCUGGUGACAUGAAAAGGCUGGACAUCAAUGAGACAGGGGAUCAGAUGGAUGCAGCCAGUAUAGCAAACGAACAAGACUUGGUCAGUGAUGAAGAAAUUACACAUGAGAGCUUGGAUACAGAUUCUGAAUCACAUAAAAGGAAUGAAGCUGCUGCCUUUGUGGAAAAAGAAGAGGAAGUCGUUGAAGACAGCAGACAAAAUGUUCCUGAGAAAUCAGAAAUAUCAGGAAUAUUACGAGUUUCCAAAGAUGUUUCAGCUGAUCCAGAGAAAAAAAUUACCAUGGUGGACUUUGCGGGACAGUGUUCAUAUUAUGCCUCACACCAGAUAUUUCUGAGUCCGCGGGCAUUCUUCAUUCUGGUGCUGAAUAUGGAAAAGAAGUUAGAUGAAAAGGUUGGAAAAGAAGUCUGUAGCCAGGAAGGUUCCGUUUACGAAGGCUGGACACACAAAGACUAUCUCACAUUCUGGGCAAAGUCCAUUCAUCAAUACAGCAGUGAAAAGGCUCCUGUGUUACUGGUGGGCACACAUGCUGAAAGGAAGACGAAAGAGGUAUUUGAUAUUAAUAUCUGA